AUGGACCUCGCGAACAAGCGCCGCGUGCCGCCCGUCGAGGCCGACAAACAGCGCGCAGUAGGAGGCCGCGUGCUGCCCCACGGCCACUCAUCUGCUGCUGCGUCUGCUGCUGCUGCGGCUCGUCCGUCUUCUGUCUCGUCGCGGUGGGGCGCGCCGCUCGUGUACGUUGCGCUGCUCUUCUUUGGGUUUAUGAUUGGCGUCCACGUGUGGCAGUUCUCGAGCCUCGAGGCGGACCGCGUGCUGUCGACGCCGUUCUACAACAAGUCAAUGGUGCAGUUUAGCACGACGUGUGGCCCGUUUACGGUCGAGCUGUACCCCGAGCACGCGCCCAGGACCGUCGCGGCCUUCAAGACGCUCGUGGACACUGGCUAUUACCUGAACGACACGGGCUUUUACUACAACGAGCCCAAGUAUGUGCUCCAGGGAGGCGGGUACCUCGCUGACAAGGUGUCGCCCAUUGACGGCGACUUGCCAGUCGAGUACAGCGCGCCCAGCACGGAGCGGAUGGUAGUGCUUGCGCGCCGCAUGCCGUCCGAGUCGGGCAGCACGGAGUUUGCCAUCAUGCUGCACGACAAUACCGAGCGGAACAAGCCGAGUGAAGACGGACCGGGCUAUACGACGUUCGGACGCGUUGUGGAAGGCUGGCACACGGUUGAGUUCAUAUCGAAGAAGAUGGCCCCGGGCUACAUGAUCAGGGAAGACCGUGGCCGCCAGAUCGGGUUUGACAAGGUUGAGUUUGUCGAGCGGCUUACGAACGACGACGACGAGGCGAGGCUGCGGCUGGAGGAGCUGACGUACGUGCUCGAGACCCCUCACAGUGUAGUGAUUAUUGCCGAAAAGAACUGCCCUGAGAGGAAGGAGCUGCAGAAGAUGCUGCAACGGUUUCGAUCGACCGUGCGUGUCAAGGAGAUUGGCGAUGCGAGCCACGUUCCGUUCGAGCGGGAGGCGGUAGAGGCGUUGACGGGUCGUACGACACUGCCGCUUGUGUUCAUCAAGGGCAAGUACAUUGGCGGUUUGCGCGAAGUGCAGAAGCUGGAGCAAAUGGGCACGCUUCGUGCAAUGCUCGAGAAGACUGGCACGCUUGCUGAGGAUACCGUGUGGUCAUCAAUCAAUCAGAACGCCUUGGUGCUGUUUAGCAAGUCGUACUGUCCGUAUUGCAAGAAGACCAAAGAGACGUUGGCAGCGUUUGGCGCGAAGCCGUUGGUGUUCGAGCUGGACAAGCGAGAAGAUGGUGCGGCUAUUCAGUCAUUUCUGUUCCGCCUGACGCGUCAGUCCACUGUGCCGAACCUUUUUAUCAAGGGCAAGAGCGUCGGAGGGAACGACAAUGUGCAGGAGCUAAAGCGAUCUGGCGAGUUGCUGGCUCGGCUCAAGGAAGCACGAGCUAUUGACUAA